AUGCUCUGUGUCCCUUUGAAGGUCCUUCUGUAUGGAUCAUUUCUGCUCCUCUUAGAUCGGUUAUGGCCUUCACUGACCAAGAACGCACCGCCAUGUUGGAGAGCCAGUCUACCCCCCUCUUCACCCAUUGCUAGCUUUUCGCAUUGGUAUAUCACCACCGACCCUAGAUCAAAAGCUACAAUGGCCCAGAUCAAGCUCGGUGCAUUACGCUGUUAUUGGCACCCAUCAUUUGAUUUGCUUCGUGGCCCAGCCCUCCCUCCUCAGUAUCGCCCACCUCAUCUUUUGAUUCCCCCCCCCCCUCGCCUCUGGCGUGAUUUUUGGCCCCUCUGUUUUCCUGCCAAGGCAUUCACACCCUGGUGGCGUUUGCUCCAUGGCCAUCUCUCUGUGCAGGCUCGCCUGCAUAUCAUCAACCGUGCCAGGCAUCCCUCCCCACUCUGUAAGUUGUGUACUGAAGCACCUGAAGAUGAAUGCUAUCUGGUCGUCGGCUGUGACAUGAAAUCCCUCUUCUGGUUUGAGGUCAUCUCCCACCUCGGUCUUUCCGAUCUGUUCCCUACGGACAAUGCCAUCUGGAUUGGUCUCUCUACCCUUCACGACCAGGAAAAAAAAUCCUCUGGAUAUUUUCGUCUUGGAACUUCUUGGAGCUGCUUUCUCUUCUCUAUGGCAGCAUCAUUGGAGCUGUUCUCUUGA